UGUGUGUGUGUGUGUGUGUGAGCGGAUAAUUCAGCCGAUCGCAGAUCGAUCAGGAUGUCUUUCCAGAACAAGAAGAGCAGCGCGAGACCCGCGGGCGACCGUCUCAUCAUCAAAGGAGGGAAGGUCGUCAAUGAUGACCAGUCGUUCUACGCUGACGUGUACGUUGAGGAUGGCGUCAUCAAACAGAUCGGGGAGAACCUCAUCGUCCCGUCUGGCGUGAAGACGGUGGACGCGUACGGUCAGCUGGUGAUCCCCGGAGGCGUCGACGCCAACACCAGUCUGCACGCCGCACAGAAAGGCAUGAACCCCACCGACGACUUCUACCAGGGAACCAGAGCUGCCCUGUCCGGAGGAACCACCACCAUCAUGGACCAUGUGCUGGUGGAGCCGGGGGUGAGUCUAUUGACGGCGUUCGAUCAGUGGAGGGACGUGGCGGAGCAGACGGCGUGCUGCGACUUCUCGCUGCACCUCGACAUCACGCGCUGGCAUGACGGGCUGUACGAGGAAAUGGAGGCGCUCGUCAAGGACCAAGGUGUGAACUCCUUCCUGUUCUUCAUGGCCUACAAAGACAAAUACCAGAGCUCCGACUCUCAGCUCUAUGAGGCGUUCGGGAUCCUCCGGGAUCUUGGAGCCAUCGCACAGGUGCACGCUGAGAACGGUGAUAUCAUUGAAGAGGAACAGAAGAAGCUUCUUUUUCUCGGCAUCACUGGACCUGAAGGACAUGUUUUAUCUCACCCUGAAGAGGUGGAGACGGAGGCUGUGUAUCGAGCCGUCACCAUCGCCAAACAGGCCAACUGUCCGCUCUACGUUACCAAGGUGAUGAGCAAAUCUGCUGCUGAUGUCAUCGCCAAAGCCAGGAAGAAAGGUAUUGUGGUGUACGGGGAGCCAAUCACUGCCAGUCUGGCUACUGAUGGCUCCAACUAUUGGUCCAAAGACUGGGCCACAGCUGCUGCCCUCGUCAUGAGCCCACCUCUCAACCCGGAUCCUUCAACUCCACAGUACCUGACCUCUCUGUUAGCAUGUGGAGACCUCCAGGUGACGUCGAGUGCUCAGGCCAGUUUCUCCACAGCUCAGAAAGCCGUAGGUAAAGAUGACUUCAGUCUGAUUCCGGAGGGAACCAAUGGGAUCGAGGAGAGGCUGUCUGUGGUGUGGGACAGAGCUGUGUCAACAGGGAAAAUGGACGAGAACGAGUUUGUUGCAGUAACGAGCACCAACGCUGCUAAACUCUUCAACAUUUACCCGCGCAAAGGAAGGAUCGCUGUAGGAUCGGAUGCUGAUAUCGUCAUCUGGAAUCCAAAAGAGACACGAACUGUUUCUGCAAAGACUCACAACCUGACCCUGGAGGUGAACAUCCUGGAGGGUGUGGAGCUGCGAGGCGUGGCGUCCGUGGUGAUCAGCGGCGGUCGGCUUGUUCUGGAGGACGGAAAACUCAACGUGACUGAAGGUUCUGGGCGCUUCGUCCCGAGGAAGGCUUUCCCCGACGCCGUCUACAAGAGGAUCAGAGCCCGCAGCAAGAUGGCCGAGGCUCGUGGCGUCCCCCGUGGAAACUACGAUGGUCCGGUCCAUGAUGUCAUCAGUAUGACUAAAUCGGUCCCACCCACUCCGACCACCCGUGGGCCCCUCUGUCCGAAAACCCAGAUCAACCUCCGAAACCUCCACCAGUCAGGAUUCACCCUGGCAGGAAGUCAGAUUGACGACCACAUCCCUCGCCGCUCUGCUCAGAGGAUUGUGGCGCCGCCUGGUGGAAAAUCCAACAUUACAUCGUUAUCUUAAAACGAGAAACUGUUUUAAGAUAACUCACUUUGAGUUUAACAACAAACUGACGUGUCACCUUAACUAGAACAUACAGCCCAACCCUUAACUGGUACUACACCCUGUAACUAGUACUUUUACUACGACUGAACCCUACGACAACCUACAAACCCUACAACAGUAGAACUUGAGCUAGUCCUAAACUCUACAAUAACCUUAGAAAGACUACUACACCCUAACAGUAUUACGUUAACUGUUAUGAACCCUACAACCUUUUCAGCUGGAACAAACACCAAAACACUCACAUACACUAAACACUAAAUCCCAGAUUUAAUGUUUGUGAACAACAACCCCACAGUUGCACAGUGCAAAACCCAAUAAUGUAGUACUUCAAAUAGUACUAAACCCAUAACAACCUUUCAGCUGGGAUUAAACCCGACAACUGUACAACUAAACCCUACUGCAGUUACUGCCACACUACAAUAAUACUAAACCCCCCUACAGCUACUGCAUAACUAGUACUACAACCCAACAACUAAUACUAAACCCUUCAACAAUGGUACUACAACCUAAAAAGUACUACUAGCCCCACAAAAACCCACAACUCGAAGGAAACCCAAACGCAGUAGUAGAACUUCAAAUAACCCUUAACCCUAUAACAGCUAGGCUCAAACCCUGUACACAAGUACAACUACUAAACGAUGGUAGUAAAACUACUACUAACCCUACUACAAUGUCACAAAUCCUACAACUACUGUACAGCUAGUAAUGGAUGUACCAACAAUGGCACUACAACCCCACAAAUAGUUAACCCAAUAAUAAUAGAACUUCAACUAUUACUAAACCCUAUAAGUAUUCACUCAAUCCUACACCUACUGUACUUUAACUGGGUAGUACUGGAUGUUCCAAACAACCCAACAAGUAGUACUUAAUCCUACCAAGUACUGACAAGUACUGAAUGUUUUUUGUAUAGUUCUUAGAAUGACUCAUUUGAAGUACUCUGAUCAUUCCAUCUCAUCCGUCCUGAAACUCAUCGUGUUCUCUGCUAAAGAGAGUAGCAGUAAAACUAGUAGUAAUGG